AUGCUCACGUUCGUCGACGUCCCGCGCUCGCCGCCCAAGCGGCAACCGCCGCCGCCGUCGGCCGAGUACCAGCUGGCGUACGUGCCGCGGCGCUACUCGAUGCUGGUGGACACGGCGCACGCGCAGGCGGUGCGCGCCUCGCUGCGCCACGGCCUCCGCAGGUCGAGGUCGGUCAAAGCCAACCGCCACAGCGCCGUCGUCGACGAGGUGCUGACCGGCAGCCGCGGUAGCUCGGCGAGGGUGUCGUUUGGCAGCAGUAAAGGCUCCAUGGUGGAGACGGUGGUGUACGACUACGAACCGGUGCAGACGCUGCGUGAGGAGGAGGGCUGCGAGUCCCCCGACCCGCGCGCCUCCUCACGACACAACUUCGCCACGUCCACGCCGCUGUCCGCGCCGGCCACACGGUAAGUCCUCUCCGCCGUCCACGCUCCGGUCCACACUGGGAUCUACGCUCUCCUCCACACCGACGUCUACGCUGGGA